AUGGUUGAGAGUCAUUGUUCAAUGUUAUUGAAAUGGAUUUAUAGAGGUUUAUUAUUCGUUAUUUUAAUCAAUAUCAUUGUAAUUCCAAUAUAUGGUGGAAUUUUAUCAUUUUGUUCAGAACCUGAAACAGUAUGUACAGUAUUUCGUCCAUGCUGUGGAAGAGAUUGGGUAUGUAAUCGUAAAAGUUCUGCCACUGGCAAAUGUGUUCAAUGUGCACAUGCUAAUAGUCCAUGUAUUCAUGCAAAUGAUUGUUGUCGAGGUGCAUGUAUAAAAGGUUCAUGCAAAUUGAUGAGUUUCUUUGGUGAGGAGUGAAAAAAAACCCAGUUGAUUACAGAGAUUAGAUUUAUUUCUUCAAAAUAUCAUAUUUAUGGAAUAAUAAUAAUAAUGAAAAUACAUUUCUAUAUACAUAGUACUUUGUUUUACUUUAUCAAUCUUCAGUAAAAUGAUUUGAUGAUAUAAACUAUUCUAAAAUUCAAUUGUAUCCAACUAGAAUUCAUUAUCACUUACAAUAUUUAAUCGUGAACAGUCAGUUUGAUAUAAUUUAACC